CAAUGUCGUGUAUUCCAAUAGUCUAUGACUAUCAAUAAAUUCGUUGUUCCCGCCAGAGGACCGGUAUUUGUAUUAUGUUGCACGAGAUUUCUUUCUUACCAUUAUAUUUAAGUAUAACAUUUCGACCUGGUAGUUUUGUGUUUUCAUAACGUUUUAUUUAUCAUAAAAUCAUGUCUGAAGAAAAGACAACAACGGAGGACAUGUGGACUCCGUACAAGGAAUUACAGAGUCUCGUAGAACGGUAUAUUACAUCUUCUCCAACCACUCAUGAUUUUCAAUAUCAUGAAUUCACAGAAGCAUUACGAAGCCAUAAACAAAAUUUUCUUACGCUUUUAAAAAAUCCUCCUGCAAAUGCAAACAGUCGAGAAGAGAUAAAAAAAGGAGUAACUGAUGGUAUUACGCCUCCUGGUUUGGGAUGUCAACUGUUAUUAUCGAAAGAACUAGUUGACAAAACUCUCAUUAUAUCAGAUAUGUAUAAUCUUAACGAAUUCAUGGCUUUGGAUCUUCUCUGCACGGCUCAGUUGCAAAUGCCACAUCAUCCUGGUUUACCUUUGGGAUUAACAGCCAUCUUAUUAUAUUAUGAUGGAAAGAAAGCACUUACGUCAACUUUAAGAAUGCUUGUACAAGCUAGAAUGGGGCAUAGUUGGAAAAUUGAUGCUCCUAUUGCUCUAAUAAGACACAUCACAGAAUAUACAAAUAAAUUGCAAGAAGAUGAUUUAUUAGAUAGAAUUUUAUCUUUAUUGGAACAAAUGGAUCCUGCUAAGGAACAGGAAUUACUAGAAAAAAAUCGGGCACUAGGUGGACCAAAACAUCGUUACAUGGUUAUGAAACUUUUCAAUGAUUCUAGACAGGAUUUGGCGGAUAUUUUAUAUUUGUGGUCAGCUCAAUCUUCGUUACCAAAUACAGUCUUAUUUCAUUUAUUAUCUGUAUUACAAACGAAACGAAUAGAACCUGAAGCGUGCAAGGAAGGGCCAGAUAAAGUCACUCUCGCUCUUAUAAUGAGCGUUUUGAAUGCAAUUAAUUUUAAUUCAUUACACACUCGCGAGAACGGCGAAGAGUUGAUAAAUUCUAUGCCAUUGAUUGCGCAAGCUGAUGCGCACGAAGAACUAUAUCAGAAAUUAAUAUCGACUAAUAUCAAUUGGGAGAGCGCUGGAUUGCAUGGACUUAUACAGUUUGCCUAUGCAGUUGCUUUGCCAGCAAUUAAAGCUGCAAUUAACGCGCAAUCCACGAACAAAACCAACGAUGACGGAAGACUGUUGGACGCAGCUUUGUCAAAUAAAUGCUUCCACUUUAUGGCCGAAGUAUUAUUUAAAAACAAAAGCAUAUAUUGCGAAGAAUUUUAUAUUCGUUACUUUCAUUCUCUUAUCUCCGACUUCAUAUUACUGAUGCCGCUAAAACUUAAAAAUCUACGGAGUCGUGCGGACGAAUCCAUGCGUUUAAUACAAGCGUAUCAGCAAGAGGGACUCGAGCCUCCUUUGAAUUUAGAUAAUCACUUCAAAUAUUUAAUGUUAACGAUAGCGGAACUGUAUAAAGAGGAUCCUCUAAAACUUGAUUUAGUCAUGGAUUAUUGGUGUUACCAUUCCGAUUCCGCGCACGUAACCGCUCCUGCCUUUACUAAUCGUUUGCCAUCCAGGCAAGUUGCUCUAUUCAAAUUCGUACGUCUCGACGAUGAAAUAUUACCAGCUGGACUGUUCGUACCGUAUCUGAAAAUGAUAGCGUCUCUUGCUUCUUCUCCGCAAGCAGCGAGACAGGCAUUCAACUUUUUGAAACCAAAUGGAACUUCGGGAUCGACAACUAUUUCUUGGGAUCACUUCUUCGGUUCUUUAACUCGAUAUUACAUGAACCUCCGAAAAGAAUUACCCCCUAGCCAAGACACUGUUUACCGUCAAAGAGGUCAUCCGAAAGGUAUUACACCGGACGAAGUGAAAGGAUUGAAGGCGGUGUUUUUGGUGGUCCAAGUAAUAGCAAAAAACGACGAAAUGUCGAGAAUAGCAAUAUGCGAUCAUCCAGGAUGGAAAGUGUUGCCGUCCUUAAUCGGUUUAGUAAGCUGUGGGAUACCGAUUCCCUUAAAAGCUGUUUUAGUACGAACCCUUGCUGCGUUAGCAAGAUCCCCUGAAAGUUCGUCGACCGUAUGGCAAAGUUUAGAAGCUGCCCAGAUAAUCUCAACUAAACCAACCACAAGUAGCUAUCAACCAAGAGGUGUUCAAACCGAAUUAGAGGAGAUCGAAUCUAAAAAGGAUGAAUAUCCGCUGACGCGAGCAGUGUUGGAACUUUUAGACGUACUUACAGAUUUUCCUAUUCCACGAUUAUUGGGAAUGGGUCAGCGCAUUCCCGGCUUCGAUCCAUAUUUGCAUUUUAUUAUCAAUACUGUUUUUCUGAAGUUCCAUACGCGGUCUUAUAAGAAUCCAGCUGAGAAGUGGGAAGUCGCAGAAGCAUGUUUAAAAAUAUUCUCAAAGCUUAUGAAACAAUACGAGCCUUCCGUGGAAGAUUUCACUGGGUGCAAGAUGGAGCUCCAAAGUGGAGAAACCACGUUGGUUAAUUCUGCUCCUGGUUAUCAUUUAAUGACUCAAUUACAUUCCAAGUCGGAGCUCCUCCAUGUUAUAUUAUACAUUCUCGACAAGGGUUGCUUCAACUUCGACACAUACGAACCUUUUCCUGGUAAAAAGAAUCUAGAAAACGCUACCCUUUAUUGUUUAGAAAUAUUAGAAAGGGAAUUGAAGACGCAACACAAUUAUAUGUCGCAACUGGCAUCUGCGAAGUCGAUACACAAAAUUUUAACCGGAUUGUCCAGAUUACUGUUGGAGGUAGAUCCUCAAACGAAGAGGCCUGAUUACAUGAUAAACGUUGCCAAAUACGUGUCCUACAGUUCCUGGUUACCGCAACACGCGUUCCAUGCCGUUGGUGUAAUUCACGAAGUGACGAAUGAGCCGGGAGCAGACUCUGAAUUGCUUUCUACGUUCACGGCUACUCCUACUUUAGCCACGAAUAUUAGACACGGUUUCGUGGAGUGCUUAGACAUGGAUAUUACCAUCGACGAGGACACCGAGUUGACUGAGAAGCAGUACACCGGCAAUUGUAAGGAACGAAUUUUGCUCUUGAUGAUGCAGAGCAUCACACGACCUACGCCGAAUCUUUCUCACUAUCUCCUAGGAUUCAAAAUCACCAAAGACAUUAAAAAGACUAUACUACAACAACCUGGUAUCUUUGGAUUUCCACGGACGUGCUUACACUCUAUAUUAGGGAUUCUGGAACAGUCUCUCGAACGCGGACGUGACAAGAUAACGGAAGCUUGCUACUGCUUUCUUCAUACGUUGGCUGCGAAUAACAAAACAUCGGUUCCUGUAUUGAGAUUCUUACGAACCAGCGCCAAUCAAGACUUUGUACAGAGACACCUUCUAAAAUUGCCGUUUGAAGGACCGAACACGGCAACAGAGCUCGGCUGUAUGUCCUGGUUGUUGAAGAUAGCUGCGAUCGAAUUGCACGUUAUCAGUAGAAAGUUUCAGAGUUCCCUCGUUGAACGACUGAUGGGAAAAUUUGACCAAGAACAAGGUCAGACUGUGCCCUUACAGAAACUUCUGAUGGAUCUUUUGCAUUAUGUUGAAUUUCAACUCCAAGUGGACCCACCAUUGUCUUUGGACUUUUUCGAUCCAUCACAAGUUGAGAUGGUUUUGGGCCGUUGUAGCGUUCCAGUUACUUUGAUAGGUGGUCCUCGGCUUAUAGAUAUCAGAAAAUUACAUUCCCUCAUCACCGAGGAACUAUCCGUUACACAGAACAGCGCGACUGCGACUCAGCGUAAUCUCAUGCAGCAAGAAGUACAGAAAAUUCUGAUGCAUGCCUUGAAAAGGAAUCAAACGAAAUUGUUGUCCUACGCCAUGGUUAAAUUCGUAGAAGGCUGGUGUCAAACAACAGAGAUAUUCUUCUCCGUAGCUACCAAACAACUGCUUCCUACGCCACAGAAACAGAAUUUACUGUUGAAUUUGUCUCACGACCUGCUGCAGAAAAUGACAUCCUGCGAAGCUUUGAAUGAAAUCAAAACUUUAGUAUCCGGUACGGUGCUGAUGUUGCUAGUGAACCUGCGAAACAGUUUCAUUACCCAAACCGACACAGAAUCGUUUCCAUCCUCUCCUUCGAAUACAACGAUGAUGAAAAUUAUCCUGAGCCACAUUUUGCAGUGGAUUCUAAACGCAGGCGCUUCCUCUCAAAAAGUAAUUACGCAUUUAUAUGCAGCUUUGUUAAAUUUCCUCUGCGUAGUUGGUUUGGAGAAGUCAGAAAGCGCAAACUUUGUAGAUUUCAUGUACGUUAGUCAGUUAAAUAGUACAGUGAACAGGAUCAUGCCCGUUCAAGAACGUUCUCAUCGGUACGCGACGAUACAAGUUAUAAACAGCUUCGGGAAUAAGUUGAUGAACAUUUUGUGCCACAAUUGCUCCGGCGGCCACGACGUCUGUAAAAUGUUGGCGUUGUCCUGCUUGGAUAAAAUUUUGGAAUUGGACUACGACAAUGCGUGGGUAAUCUACUUAGCCAGCAGGGGCUAUUUGAAACACAUGAUAGACAGUCUUUCAGAAUCUGACAAUAUGUUACGUAGUAUGUUACAACCGGAGCCACGGACGUUGAGACCACUGUACUUGUACGAGGCGAAAAUGGCAACGUUUUGUAGAAUAGCUUCGACGAGGCUAGGUGCCGAGAGCCUUUUAGAAAAUAAGAUCUUGUCGUGUUUGUCGAGCAUGGUCGUUUUCGAUCACCAUCCCGACGUUCACAUAGGCUUCGAAGGUGGUGACUACUCUUUCGUACCUUCCAUUGGUCAACGCUAUCAGCAAAUUUUCUUGCCAACUUUGUAUCUCUGCGAUGCACUGCUGACCACUCUGGGAACGGAGAAUCAAUCAUGCGCCAUACAAAUUUGUGGAUUUCUACAAAGUCAUAGAGAUACCAUCGAGAUGGUGCUACGAAAUGCAUUUCCAAAGGCGAACACUCUAUUCUUAAAAGAGGUUGCAUGUCUCACGGGUGUAAUAUCCAGAUCUGCAAAUAUCGACAUGUACAAGUUAGUGGACGAAGAAUUGGCGAAAUCAGACUACGAUGAUCGGAAAUUGGAUGACCCUAGCGGAAUGAGGGAGCUUCGUGCUCAUCUCUACCGGUUACAGAAACUAAUGCUCUCUUUAUUGUGUAAAUUUCAAUUGCAACCAGCUCCGAUUCGCUUGAGUCACGAACAGACGGAUGCGAACCAACAGCACAUUUCUUCAGUUCAGAUUGUUGCAAAUGUCAUGUUGUACACGCGUAAUCAAAUGCAGCACAGCAGAAUGGAUCAAAUGAUGUGGAACGUGCUGUUUGAGCCUCAUUUUACUCCAAAAUUAGAUGGAAGGGAAGACAGGAUGAAAGAUUCAACUGGUGGAUUACAUUUAGGGACAAUCGUCGAGCAACUUGUAUCCGUAACGAAAUUAUUGCACACAGAGCUACCACAUAUUGAUACUCUUAUAAAGAAGGUAGCUAUUAUAGGGGAAAUGAACACAACAGAGUUAAAGCAAUAUCUAUCCGAGGAAGAAGCCGAACUUACUGUACAGAAGAAACGGGUGAUAGUCGAACAGCGAUUGAAUCGCUGGGUAAAAGAGAAACGCCAAAAUAUAAAAUAUAGUUCGUUUAUAAUAGAACAUGCUUUGUACAUUCUGUGGAGUCAUUGCGACUUCUACAUACCGCAGGAUACACAGCGGCAUAAUCAAAUGCAAGGCAUAGAUGAAGUGACAUGGAAAAUAUCUUCGGAGACGAAAAUGGAAUUAAAACAAGGUCUCGUAGCAACAUUCACAGAUAGUUUUAUUACACAAUUACUAGAUAUACACAGUGAAUACGCAACAGUGGAUCAUAGCUUUAUCGAAGUCCUUGUAAGAAAAAUUAAAAGACUACAACAAUUUACGGUAUAAGACUAUUGUUCGAAUGGCUAUAUAAGAACAUAUUUUUUUACACGUCUGUGUGUAUGUACAAUCGAUUUACGAAAAUUACGCAAACAGUAUUUAUUAUAAAAAUUAACCAGAACUGAUCAAAGCGUACAAUUAUGUAAUACAAUUUACAAUUAUUCAGUCCUGGAUAUGUACAAGAUAAUUUGGUUGGAAAAGAAUUUAGGUCAUACAUACUUUUUAUCGAUUAAUGUUUACAAAUCAGAAUUGAAUGCUUAUAAUAAUUUUGUUGAUAUACGUAUAUAUAUAUAUACCAUUUUGUAAUAUUUUGCUGAACGCAAUAAUAUAUUAAAAAUAAUCUGUCAUAGUUAUAUUCCGUUACUAUGUUAAUUGUGGUAUCUAUAAUUAAUAAAUUAAAUACUAAAAUACUUA